AAACAGUCAGCCGUGAUUGCAGAAAUUAAAAAGGCUUCACCAAGCAAAGGUAUUCUGCGUGAGGAUUUUAAUCCGGCAGAAAUUGCUAAAAAUUAUGCUGAUAAUGGCGCUGCUUGCUUAUCGAUUCUUACCGAUAAAGAUUACUUUCAAGGAAGCGAAGAAUAUUUGAAGCAAGGAAGAGCAGCUUGCGGCUUACCUGUUAUUCGUAAAGACUUUAUUAUUGAUCCUUACCAAGUAUAUGAGGCGCGAGCCAUAGAAGCAGACUGUAUCUUACUUAUUGUUGCCGCACUGAAUGACGAAGAUUUACAGGCACUGUUUAAUCUUGCAAAAGAGUUAGGCAUGGAUGUACUUAUGGAAGUGCACGACGAAGCAGAGAUGGAGCGUGCUUUGAAAACGAAUGCGCGAUUAAUUGGUGUGAACAACCGUAAUCUUCGCACCUUUGAUACCAGCCUCGACACAACCAUACGUAUGCUUGAUAUGGUGAAUGAAAAUCAUAUUUUAGUUACUGAAUCGGGUAUUCAUACAAAAGAAGAUGUGCAGCUAAUGC